AUGGCCGUACCCGUUUCUCUAUCGACCUCUGGGGCUCCAGAUUCUGGGAAUCCCUCGACCGUCUUCAACACUCUUCCAUCUGAAGUUGUCCAGUGCUUAAAAAAUGCCCGAUUCCUACACCUGGCUACUUGUACAGGUGUCUACCCUCAUGUGUCACUCAUGAAUUACACAUAUCUCCCCUCUUCGCCAUAUAGCAGCUCUCCCAUCAUCAUCAUGACGACGAGUCCGUCUUCUAAAAAGACUUUAAACAUGAUAGAGAAUCCUAACGUGUCACUUCUCGUACAUGAUUGGGUUUCACAUCGUCCACCGACGACAAACCACCGGAACUCCGAUCCGGCCUCUGGCUCUCCUCCUCCCGAAGCUACCCGUUCUUCGUUAGCAACUCUUCUUUUGAACCUAAAUACCAGUGCAAUGAGCUCAAUAUCCGCUACCAUAAACGGUCGAGCAAGUUUGGUCGAGCGAGGAGCUGAAGAGGAGAAGUAUUACCGCGAGGCUCACUUAGACAACCAUAAUUUUGUUGAAAGUGGCGUUGGGCAAGAAUCAAACUCGUUAUGGGGAAAUGAGAGACCAGAUGGUGGCCGCGAAACAUACAUCGAGCGCGAUGAGGUGCGAGUAGUGUUGGUUAAGGUAACAGAUGGAAGAGUCAGUGAUUGGAAAGGACAGGUGCGGAAUUGGAGCCUCCUUUAUCCUGAGGCGGAGGUGUGA